AUGGAGUUUGAGCAGCUGGAGAUUGGCAAGAAGUCGAUUACCAACGCCAUCGCGCGGCAGGAGGUUACAGACUAUUAUGACUUGCUGCACCCCAACGUCCUGCUCGUUUCCCACUUCCGCUACCCUCCUCUGUCGCCCGUUAUUGCCGAUACCAUCCCCGCAUUAGACCGUGUGUUGCGCAAGGAAAACAAAAACCUGUCAGGCGUGACUAAGGGCCAUAACCCGUGGAAGGUGCCCGAGUUCCUGCAAACCGGCGCGGUCACAAAAUCAGCACCUGUGGCAGCUCCAGCAGUUACAGCCACAUCACCGACUACCACGUCAACGACAGUAACUACCCGAGCGAAUUCACCACACUUAGCAGGAACACCCACGAGAGCGUCGAUUGUGCCUAAAGCGCCUGGGGGAAGGCCUGUUGCCCGUGGGUUUGCGGCUCGGAAGAGGAGGGGUACUUCCACGAAUGGAAGAUCCACUGCUACGGGUGAUAGAUCCACUUCUGCUGCCACACGGGAAAGGCGUGAGGAUCCCAACAAAAAGAAGCAGCGGCAGUCCACCAUUACGGGGCCAUAUGAGGCCGAUAUUGUCGAAGGCCCGCUCCUUGUUACGGCACGCUUUUACGCUAUAUUGCAAUGGAUGAAUCAAGGUGCCCAUAUUGCAGAUACGGUCUUUGAUAUGGAGGCACGAAAGGUUGUGCUACAGGAAUCGGAUGUCGUUUUACAGCUUCCAGCUCCGAAGACUGAGGCGGAGUGGUAUGCGCAGCUUGGGCGGCAGCAUACAGACCGUAACCAGCGGCUUAGCAGACUUACUGUAACUUAUGGCCGCGAUUUGUUACUGUUUCGUGACGAGUGCUACUUCGAGGAUGGGUUCAUUGUCACGAUACACCGCUUUAUGUUGACACAGCAGGAGAUGCUCGACCUAUCGUCCCUUGUUGAAUACCACCAACAGGCGGAAAUUAACCGUCGCAUUGAGGCGAUGAAAGUGGAGCGUGACAACUUCUACGCUGCUGAACAGAGGCGUGUGAACGCAUUUCGUAGGUCAGUGGAACCGUUGCUUGACUUUACCUUCUGUGAUGUGAGUGACCCCAUUUUGCUUCUUUCUGUGGAGCCCGUUGCAGGGAAGCGUCAUAUCUGUAAGGAUGUGCGGCCCAAAAAUGUUACCGCACUGCCGCCGAUGGGUUACGGAGCCCAGCAGAAUGACGCACAACGCGGAAAAGAUCAGCGCAUUGUCGUGAAGGCACGCAACAAGGCUGGCGACGAGGAGGUGUAUGAGUUCGUUGAUAAUUCCAAACCUCGCUACGACUUUCUCUACGACCCUAAGACCAAUGCAGAGAGCACCUUGCAGAAUCUUGCAGACAAGAUGAAGUCGAUGUUUUGCACCUCUAGUGUGCGUAUCAGUAGCUGUGGCAUGAGGUCAACAGAUCAAUUGGUGCCAGUCCUCCGGCGCCUUGUGGCAAAUGCCAUUAUGACGAUACGUGCGCUGGAUCUAAGCGACAACGAGAUCAGCACACUGCCGGACUUGUCGCUUCUUCCACUGCAGCGUCUACUGCUUCACAAAAACAAAAUAUCCGACUGGAUGGAGGUAGAGAAUCGCGUGUGUGUGCUUCCGCUGCUGGAGGUGGUGACACUGCACGGCAAUCCCAUUUCCGAAAGCAACGAGCAGUACCGGCAGGAGCUGCUGGCGAGGCUCUUACGGCACCCAAGGCGUGCAGCGCGUGUGCGACAAGUAGACUUCGUGACUCUGACAGCGCAGGACCUUAACAUUGCAGGGACGUUUGAAAUGUUCACCACAGGGAACACAAGUGUUUUGGAGAAGGCGCGGAAGUUCAAUGUUUCUGACGUUAGGAAAAAAAUAUAG